UUCGGUAAACACUGGUCGCCGCAUCUCAAUAUAAAGUGCCGUAGGUACAGCAGGAUUCACUCUCAAUCACUUCUCACAGCAAAGUGAGAACUGCGUGUUUAAGCUGCACCGCUGUACUUGCGGCUCGUUGUCUCACACCUGCUGCACGAGUCUCGCUUUCUAAACUGCCAUCUGUUCCUGGAUCAAGAAGCCACUGACACACCUGCAUACCCCAGCUACAAGUAGCACCCACCUUACCCUUUCUCCUUCCCCCAGAGAACAAACUUGCAAGCAUGUGGCUUCUGGAGAAGUUCCGAGGUUCAUCGGAUAACAGCUCUUCUCGGCAAGGAGAAUCCACGGAUAAAUCUGGUAAAGCACCGGGAUACAGCAAUAUUCUGACACCCGACAAAAUUCCUGAUUUCUUCAUUCCCCCCAAGUUAUCCUGCUGCCCUGCUGAGGCCGAGACACCAGAAGUAAAGCCCAAAUCAAACCUGAAAUCUUCCAGCUCAGAGCAAAGUGUUAGCACUAAGAAACCAAUGGGCAGCCCACGCUUGAUGAGUAGGCUGGCAGGAGAUAGCAAGAACCUCCUCAAAGCUGCUAACCGGCAUAUCAUCCAGAUCGAGAGUGCUGACGACUUGGUGACCUGUGAUGUGGGUGACCUCAACACCAAUGCAGACCCGCAGUCCCAGACUGCCAUGUCCUUACCCUAUGUUCCCAAGACACAAACAUCUUAUGGCUUUGCCACGCUUAUGGAAAGCCCACACACCCGUAGGAAGGAAUCCCUGUUUCACAAUGAUCACACAAGCCCCUCAACAUCUCCCAGUUCCCAAAGGAAGAAGGGAGGAGGCAAAGUCAAUGGUGACUCGGCGCUCCUCAACCCUAACGAAUUCAACAUGUCGGUGGUCAAUCCUUAUCGUUAUUUCAGCGGAGGGGAAAGUGACACUUGUUCCUCAGCUGAAUCCUCUCCUUUCAACUCACCCCUGCUCUCUCGAUCGGCCUCUCUGCUCAAGAUCUUCACGCAUGAAACUCAGUCCAAAAUGAACAAAGCCAAGCACUCAUUUGCCCGGCACAGCUCCCUUUCUACAGAUGAAUGCAGUUCUGCAGACACCAGUCCAAAUGUGCCCCGGAGGAUGAGGUGCCCCACUCCCCCACCUACGGGCGGUGGCACCGGAGCUUCAGAUCACCAUCACUACCAGGAACGCCUUCAUAAAGAUCUCACCAUCAGCCUCCAUAAAAGGGGUACUGUUCGCCUGUCGGCAGAAUAUGAUGCUACCAACGCAAGGCUUAAGAUUCGGGUGAUCACAGCCGAGAACCUCUACGACAAACAUUUCGAAAUGAAAAGCAUCAACUGCUGUGUUUCCCUCUAUCUCAACCCUGGCAAGAUGCAAAAACAGAGAAGCACUAUUAUCAAGAACAGUCGGCACCCCAUUUUCAAUGAGGACUUUUUCUUCGACGGUAUCCCACCAGUGCAAGCCAAGAAACUUUCAGUCAAGUUAAAAGUGGUCAAUAAGGGUACCAGCCUUAAGCGGGACACACUGCUGGGUGAACGAGAGGUCCCCUUGAACAAGCUAGUGACGGGCUUGUAGAAAAUGGAAAUCCGAUCAAGGAAAUGUAUCACUUUGGUCGGCCUUACCUCACACGCAGCAGAAGAUGGCACCGUGUUAUCCAGGGUUUGUAAACAAACCUGUAACUUCCAUGUGUUUU